GCCUCGUCCGUCCUCCACGUGCGCACCGGAGUGCGGGAGUCAAACACCGACAGCUUGGUCAGACUUGAAUCCACUUACAGGGACAAUGACAGGGAACCACUGGGGUUAUGGAAAAGAGGACGGUCCAACAGCAUGGCACAAAAACUACCCCGUUGCCGAGGGGGACCGGCAGUCUCCCAUUGACAUCAUCCCUAAUCAGACUUCACAUGACUCCAGUCUGGGUCCGAUUGUCCUGAACUACGAUCACUGUACUUCCAUCAACAUCGCUAACAAUGGACACUCUGUUGUUGUGGAGUUUGAGGACUCUGAUGACCGUUCAGUGAUCCGGGGAGGACCUCUUGACAACCCCUACAGGCUGAAACAGUUUCACUUCCACUGGGGCGGAAAAGGCUGCCAUGGCUCUGAGCACACUGUUGCAGGAAAUAGCUAUGCUUCUGAGCUUCAUUUGGUACACUGGAAUGCCGUCAAGUACAAGACGUUUGGGGAGGCGGCAACGGCUCCUGACGGCCUCGCUGUCCUCGGCAUCUUUUUAGAAACAGGUGACGAACACAGAUGGCUUCACAUGAUAACGGACGCUUUGUACACAGUGAAGUUUAAAGGCAGUGUCACAGAUUUCAAAGGUUUCAACCCUAAGUGCCUCCUGCCCAGCAGCCUCCAGUACUGGACCUACCUGGGAUCUCUGACCACACCCCCCCUGCACGAGAGCGUCAUCUGGAUCGUCGUGAAGGACCCAAUCGUAGUAUCUGAAAAACAGCUGGGCAAGUUUAGAACACUUGUGUUCACUGGAGAGGAAGAGGAUCAGAGGACACGCAUGGAAAACAACUUUAGGCCUCCCCAACUUCUCAAAGGAAGGAAAGUGCGUUCCUCCAAUUAACGUGACCCCAAGAGAUCUGGAGUGGCUCUUUUAGACGAUGGUGAAUGCAUUCAUUGAUUGUAUUUGUUCCUUUACCUCAUAGUAGCUUGUCCUGAGGAUUCCUGAUUUACUUUGUACAGAAGAGUAAUUCUGAUCACUGCCAGCACAUUGAGACGCAUGUGUCCCUCUACUGGUCAGACUCUUCAAUAGCAGAGAGAGUAAUCCGUUUUUGAAUGAUUUUAGCGAAACAUAAAAGGGAUGUUCUGAAGCUACAUAAUAAUAUGAACUAUGCAAGUUCUCUAUUUGACUACUAUGUGCUAUUUGUAGAUAUUAUGUUAUUAUAAGCUAUGUUAAUGAAGAUUCAAAGGUUGGAUGUGUACUUGUACCUCCAUAGCAAGGCAAGCUCUUGUUAGGUGCUAUUAUCUGUAACUAGUAAGUCUUUAUACCCGUGCAGCGUGUGUGUCCCCUGCUGAUCCAGCCUACUGCUGGUGGAUUCCCUGUCCUUGUGGACAUAGAUCCCUUCCAGUCCAACAAUCCUAACUGGAGGUGGGAUUGGAUUAGCGCUGCAUUUGGCCAUGACAUAGGGCACGAAAGUCUCAGGUCCUUUAGAGCUCAAGAGACUGAGUUACUCACCCCCAGCAGGGGAAUUUCUUAUUUUUAGGAUGCUCUUCAGAUUUAACAAAAACCUGUGUUUCACAACUAUUUCUCAUUUAGGAUUUAACUCCCACAGGCCUACCAAGGAACUAAUGAAUUUGAAAUGUUAAUCAAACUCUGAAUCUUUGUCUUUACACUGCAUGCUGCCUGAAGUGUUUCAUUUUCUGGUACGAUGUUUCUACUAAACAGGAUGUGAUGCACACUGUUAGCAGCUUACCCCUGAAGCUGCCCUUGUAAGAGAAACGCAUGCACAGAGGCCCUGGUGUCUCGCUUGGGAGCGUUAUGGCAGCUUUGUGUGAUGCUGGUCCUUAUUUAGAUGGACUUAGAUUAUACUAAUACAUACCGUCGGUAUGGCAGGGAUAAAUGUAUUUUGUUCCCAUUCAACAAAACGCACAUAUGAAGAAUGACACCUCAGUUAUGAUUGUUUUAUGUUGUGAUUGUGGUGAAAGAACAUUAAUUUAUGAGUGGUCUGAAUAUUUUGUAAUGCAUUCAUUUGUGAUGUUUUGCUUUAUUAAAUUAAAUUAAAAGUAACUUUGCUUAACA